AUGUUAAGAAUCAGAUCACUUUUAAAUAACAAGCGUGCCUUUUCGUCUACAGUCAGGACAUUGACCAUAAAUAAAUCACAUGAUGUAGUUAUCAUCGGUGGUGGGCCUGCUGGUUAUGUGGCUGCCAUCAAAGCUGCUCAAUUGGGGUUUAAUACUGCAUGUGUGGAGAAAAGAGGUAAAUUAGGUGGUACCUGUCUUAACGUUGGAUGUAUCCCCUCCAAAGCGCUUUUAAAUAAUUCCCAUUUAUACCAUCAAAUGCAUACAGAAGCGCAAAAGAGAGGUAUUGAUGUCAACGGUGAUAUCAAAAUCAACGUCGCAAACUUUCAAAAGGCUAAGGAUGAUGCUGUUAAGCAAUUAACUGGAGGUAUUGAACUUCUUUUCAAGAAAAAUAAGGUCACCUACUAUAAAGGUAAUGGUUCAUUUGAAGAUGAGACCAAGAUCAAAGUAACUCCCGUUGAAGGACUGGAAGGAACCGUCAAGGAAGAUCACAUAUUAGAUGUUAAGAACAUCAUAGUCGCUACGGGCUCUGAAGUUACACCUUUCCCCGGUAUUGAAAUAGAUGAAGAGAAAAUCGUUUCUUCAACGGGUGCUCUUUCGUUGAAGGAAAUCCCCAAAAGAUUAACCAUCAUUGGUGGAGGGAUUAUCGGAUUGGAAAUGGGUUCAGUUUACUCUAGAUUAGGCUCUAAAGUCACUGUAGUAGAAUUUCAACCUCAAAUUGGUGCCUCCAUGGAUGGUGAAGUAGCCAAAGCCACUCAAAAGUUCUUGAAAAAGCAAGGUUUAGACUUUAAAUUAAGCACCAAAGUUAUUUCUGCCAAGAGAAACGAUGACAAAAACGUCGUUGAAAUUACUGUAGAAGAUACUAAAACGAAUAAACAAGAGAAUUUGGAGGCUGAAGUCUUGCUAGUUGCUGUUGGUAGAAGACCUUACAUAGCUGGAUUGGGUGCUGAAAAGAUUGGACUGGAAGUAGACAAAAGGGGUCGUCUGGUUAUUGAUGACCAAUUUAAUUCUAAGUUCCCACACAUUAAAGUGGUAGGAGAUGUUACAUUUGGUCCAAUGUUGGCCCACAAAGCUGAAGAAGAGGGUAUUGCAGCGGUCGAAAUGUUCAAAACUGGUCAAGGUCACGUUAAUUAUAACAAUAUCCCUUCGGUUAUGUAUUCCCACCCAGAAGUAGCAUGGGUUGGUAAAACUGAAGAGCAAUUGAAAGAAGCCGGCAUUGACUAUAAAAUUGGUAAAUUCCCCUUCGCGGCCAAUUCAAGAGCCAAGACCAAUCAAGACACUGAUGGUUUUGUGAAGAUUCUGAUUGACGCCAAGACUGAGCGUAUUUUGGGGGCCCACAUCAUUGGUCCAAAUGCCGGUGAAAUGAUUGCUGAAGCUGGUUUAGCCUUGGAAUACGGUGCUUCCGCUGAAGACGUUGCUAGAGUCUGCCAUGCUCAUCCUACUUUGUCCGAAGCAUUUAAGGAAGCUAACAUGGCAGCUUAUGAUAAAGCUAUUCAUUGUUGA